AGGGAAGAGAUUGAUAGUGCUGUGAUAUUUCAUAUCCAUAAGACUUAUUGAUAUGCAUAUGUCGAUCUGCAUAUAAAUAAAUAUUUCCAAAUUUGCCGACGAUUUAGCGAGUUUAGUUUUUUAUAAGUUAAUUAUGUUAUUAACAAUAUAUUAAUACAACAAGCUAAUAUUUAUUCAAUAUUUAAAUAGUAAUGUAGUAACCUAAAAAACUACAAGUACUCGAGUUUAAGAUAAAAAAGCUAAAAAGAACAAGUAUCCCAAAAAGAUAAUAAACUAGAUGUGUUCGAAAUAAUUUAAACCAUCAUUUAUAUCAAUGCAGUUGAAACAGUGACUGUAGAAUACUUUGUGCCUGAUUCACUGCAUCGCAACGGUGGACAAUUGUUUGAUUAAAAUGAUGGAAUUAUGUUUCCUAAUUUGUGAAACUGCUCGACCCCAUAAAACUGAGAUCAUCAUACUUUCCUGUCAAUUACCUUCAUACGUGUUACCACGUUUUCUGAAGAAAAUGGAAUAUUAUUUUAAUUAUAAUCUAAUUAAAAUUCAGUAACUUAUAACCAUUACAAUGAAUUUAUUAAUUAACAGUUUUUGCUUAUGAAAAAUAUCGUUACGUGAUUUAAAUGACAAAAUAUUGAUGAUUUACGCGGUGGUUUUGAGUAAUCCUGGAGAAUAACAGGUCCAUGAUACAGGAAAUAAGAGAGUUACAGUGAGACGAAAAAGUGGGUAGUAUGCGUAGAUAGAUUGAGGGUGUGCCUUCAACACGCUUCGCAUCAAAUAAUUCUAACCACGCCCUUCCUUCCGCAUUCCAUUUUUCUUUGCACCAAUUUCGGAAAUACAGUAAUUAAAUUUCGUUAGUGCAUUGUUCUCAUUUGUCAUAAUUUAAAAUUCACAGAUAUCUAUAUUUAAUUAUAUCAAUAAUUGAACUAUAUUGUACUUAUAUACAUGUUAACAAUAUUAAAAAAAAAAAAAAAAAAUAAUGUGGAGGCAUUUGAUGUAUGUAAAUAUUGUUAUUGAGGUUACAUGCAGUGUAGUUGUGCAUCCAUGAAAAGUGAUUCUGUGUCCAAAUCCUUGACACACAAGAAAGGCGGUUUGAAGCUUGGAAUCGAUCUGAGCUUGGCGGUGAAGAUCUUCGAUCGAUGUUGGCUGCCAUCCCCUCCUCGCUGGAUCCUGAAUCCUCCCUCAGGAUCAUCCCUGGUCCAAUGGUGGAGGAGUCCAUCUCUGUCCGGAGGCGGUCCCUCUCCCUGGCUUCGGUCCAUCCUUGGGCGAGUGGAAGAUGGUGGUGCUCCGUCAAGACUCGAGAAUGAUUCUGUGCACACGUGCUAAGAGAAAGCGUGGGAUCCAGAGAAAACGGAAGAUAAAAAGGUCUCGCGCUAGCGAGCCGAGGCAACCCUUAAGAGAAUUUACGACCCUCUGUAAAUAAGCAGGAUGUCGAAGAGACUUCGACAGUUUCAAGAACCAACAUGAUUUUCGUUAAGAGUAACAAAUUAGAUACGGCCCGA